CAGACGUUUAAAUGCGUAGUUGCUGUAUUUAACCUUGAGAGGUAAUACGGUUUGAUUUCCCAAUAAAUCAUUUUGUUUUCUUAGGUUAUAUUUCUAAAUUUUGUUGCGAGGAUUCUUAUUUGAGCGGACGUGAACUAUUUUAUUGAAUCAAUUAAGCAGAAUACAUUAAAAUGAUCGAAUUAGAGCUAACUGUUGUUGUAGGAUUCAUUGCCACAGCUGCAACUUUAUAUAUACUAGCUAAAUGGACAAACGUCUUAUGCAGAAAGAAAUAUCCACCAGGACCGUGGGGAUUUCCGAUCCUUGGCCACUUGCCCAUGCUUGGGACAAAGCCUGAGGUAACAUACCAACAAUGGAGGGAACUGUAUGGUGAUGUUUUUCGGAUACGAUUCGGAAGCUGGAAAUGUGUGAUAAUUAAUGGAUAUGAUGCUGUUAAAGAUGCGGCGGAGAGAUCUGACGAUGCCUUUUCUGGGAGACCUAAUUUUGUGACAAAUAUCUCGUUAAAAGAAGCGUAUGGAGGAUUUCAAAGCCUCAGUUUUACAGACAUGUCUCCAAAGUAUUUGCAACUACGUAAGCUUACCGCCACAGCUUUGAGUAACUACACACGGACAUGUGAUUAUAAACCGGAAGAUUUGUUCACGUCUGAAGCAGAACGACUUGUAGACUCAAUGGACGAUCAAUCUUUUCUUGUUAGUCACAAUGUUGAAAUCGCAGUUGAGAAUGUAGUUUACCAGAUGUUGUAUGGAAGAGGAACAGAAGGUGAAAUACGACCACAUGUUAAACUUAUAGUAGAAGCCUCAAAUGCCUUUGUUAAGUUUGUCAGCACAGGCAAUAUAGUUGAUGUAGUACCAUGGCUUAGGUAUGUAAUGAAAGGAAAAGUAGAGGAUUUCAAAAAGGCCGCAACAGCUACUGAUUGGAUCACUAGGUCAAAAAUUGACGAGCAUAAAAAAAGCUUUGAAAAAGGUCAAACAAGGGACAUAUUGGACUCGUUCUGUGCUUUGUCAAAUGAACUUCCAUCGAAAGAAACUGAGGACAGUAUAUCUGGUGAUCAUCUUAUGUUCCAGGCAACUGCAGUGCAGGGAGCUGGAUUUGAGACAAUGUCUCAGACAUUGAAAAACAUUAUUUUAUACAUGUCCGCUUUUCCUGAUAUUCAAACACGUGUUCAGCAAGAGAUCGAUGACGUAAUUGGCAACAGACCUGUUAAAUGGACAGACCGAUUAAAUCUCCCGUAUGUAAAUGCAACGAUUCAAGAAGUGAUGAGGAUAUCAUUAGCUACUCCAUUUGCAUUACCACAUUUAACCGUGGUUGAUACAAAGCUUCGUCACUACGACAUCGAUAAGGGAACCGUUGUAUUCUUUAAUCUUCAUUCAGUUGCUAACGAAGACUCGUUCUGGGGCGAUCCAACAGUGUUUCGGCCGGAAAGAUUCCUGAACGAUAAUGGUGGAUUAGACGCAGGAAAAUGCGCACAUGUCUUGGCAUUUGGAAUUGGAAGACGCAAAUGUGUAGGGGAGGCGUUAGCCAGAAUGAACAUAUUUAUAGCGUUUACAAUUCUAAUGCAACGUCGAAAAUUCUCUUGUACAGAACCAGAGCACCUAAAACACAAUUUAAUUGAUGGCAAUACUACUGAAGAGCAGUGCAAAAUCAUUGUUCAAAGAAGAACAUAGAUGAGAUCUAAAUCGGAAAUGAAUGUUGUCAAUAUAUUGAUAUAGCGAGUGUGUCAUCUAAAUUCUGAUGGCUGCUUUCAUAAAUAGACUUAAAUGAAAUACUGUAUCAGUAGCGCUACUAGCUGUCAAACUCAGUACGAUAAUGUUUUGAUCUUACCUAAGACCACGUAGAACGAUUGGAUGAAAUACAAAGCUUGAGUUUGUAACUAAACACUUAUUCUUUCUUACACUAGUUUCAGACAAGACAAAGCCGCGUAAUAAGUUAUUUUGUUUCUUUCGAGGGAAAGGAAUAAAAAAAUAUUUUUUAUCAGAACAGAAGGAAACGUUUUUACGCAUAAUGAAUUGAUUGAUUAAAAGUCUUACGACAGCCUCUUUAAUGAUCAAAUACAUGUAUAUCAAUACAUCACAUUUAAAAGAAAAGCAUUGAUGCAAAGCAUCAAAGGGCGUCCGAGCAAGAAAUGCAGCAGGUGAAGAUGAACUAGUAGACAUAUGAUGACAAGAUAUUCUUAUAAUCUUUUCAAUGGUUAAUUGGUUAUUACCAGAAUUGUAUAUCACUUAUGAAUGAACGGAUGGAAGACAUUGUUCAUUAUGAACUUUGAUUGGCAUGCUAGAGAUUAGAAUAUUACUUGUUAUUCCUUUAUGAUCGUGAUUAUUAAUAGCAACGGAUAUACAUGUAUAUAAUCAUUUAUAAUCCAUAUGUGUAACGCAUGAUCAACACCACACUUGUGCAAUUGUCCCUUAUUAUGUUAUCGCUAUAAGCGAAGACGCCCUCUUAAGGUAUCUGUUCACACUUAUAUGACACUGGUUAUACGUAUUACCAUGUUGAUCAUCUUGAGCACAAUUGUUAAUUAUACUAUAAUUGUAAUAUCUAUUUUAAUGAAAAAAAAUACAGAUUUUAUGAAUAUUGUUUUCUUUUCUUUUUUUGUGUUUUAUGUACUAUUUUAAUAUUGAGUUUUUACGCUAACUACUCUUUUUUUUAUUAAAAUUGUAAAAUUAAUUUUAAAAAUUCAGUUGUCAUAUUGACCGACGAUUAUAAGUCAAAACUUAACUGGAAAAAGUCAGUAAAUUAUGGUUAAUCUUUCAAUAUAAAAUAUUGUUUAUUCUUAAACCAUGUACAUGUACAUUUUGUAUUUUUCUUUAUCAUUUUUUAAAUUAUCAAUCAAUUGAAUAAUUCAUAAGAUCUAAUUUGUAACUUUGAAUAAUUCAUCGGCAUCUUUACUAAACUGUAAACACGAAUAACAAAUUAAAUAAAAUGUUUCCAAGUUGAUAGUGUCGGAUUAAUACCAUAAAGAUAUACCUUUUUCCUCAAUUAUUGUACAUAUUUUUUGUUUUUAUCUCAUAUCGAUAAAUUGACACAUGCUUUUGUUGUUGUUGGUG